GGUUUUUCUGUUAUGUCUACGUCGUCCGCUGUGUCAGUGUGGUCUUUUUGCGUGUGAUUUACCAGCUGGGAAACGACAUGCAGCUGAUGAUUUAGAGUGACUUAUGGGAUGAUAAAAAUUCCAUUGUCUCGCAGAGGAUUUUGUAUCCAAUAAUAAAGUUACACCACAGUCAGCAAGUACCCGACCCGAAGCUCUGAACGUCCAACUGCAAUUGAACUUCACUCUUCACUAUCAAGUUGUACAUUGACCUGCUGUGGCACUGGUUUAGAUUAGAACUCAUUGCUGCACCAAUUUGUAUUCAACAUGGCUGAAGUAGGAACAAUGAUAAUGAAUAAUUUCUCUGCCACAUCAAAACAUUCCACGGGGUUGCCGUACUUACCAUCCUCGCCUCCCAAAGCCAGAAUGUCCUCGGUGGCAAUGUCAUACACAAGUGCUUUACAGACUGCUCCGUACUCUGCACUUGUUGGUGUAGUUGUAGACUGCAGACAGCCUUCAAGGCAUCCUGCGUCACCCCGGUACCGCAUCCGGCGACAGGUAGGAGGAACAAACCGAUGGAGAUUGCCAGAAUCCUUGGGAGGAGACCUCCUUGGUACAGCCCAAGCCAUUAAGUCUCUGAACGAGCCUUACAAUGACAGCAUGGUCGCUGUCAUGACAGCUGAGAAUCCAGCAACAAGCAUCAACAGCGACCCAGAGAGGCCAUACCAGUUUCCCAGCAGAGAUAUCUUGGAAGAUCGACCACACACGACCCUUGAUGCCCGGACAAGCAAUGGUUGGUCAACACAGAGAUCACUAGAGCCGAGGCCACCAGGCACUGCACCUUGCAGACUCAGCAGUCCGUCACCGAUUGAAAGGUUUCAGCCGUCAUCUGCCCGAUCACCGACACCUGUAGACAUCUUUCAUUAUCACUCUGCACCCAUUCACAGUGUACUCGGACCAGACAUUCUCCUGCAGUGUCUAGACACAAACUGGGAGCUCCAUCGUCCAUACAUCCAGAAGUCCUCCACCCUCACCGAGCUCCUCUGCAAGGCGGAAAACAAACCCCACUCGGAGCUCUACUAUCGUGACCCGAUGUCGGCAACCCUUGACCAGUACAUCAGUAAGAGUAACCACUACAGCACGGAGUACCAAGACAUCAGUCAUAGCCUGAGUAUGACGGACAGCCCUCGGAGUCUGGACGGUGGGGAGAGGAGGCGGAUUGACCACCCGGCACACAUCGUCAAGGCUCGGACCAACACCAUGACCAAGCUCAAACUGAAAGUCAGGGAUUCCAUGGUGACUAGAGAUGCAUUUGCUGUUGCUCUGGGCAACCUGUACCAUGACGACAUUGACGUUGAGAAGUGUGACGUGGUGGGAGUUCUAGCAUCUGCCCACUCUCUAGGUUUUCUGGACUUGGAAAGAAGAUGUGCUGAUAUUAUGUUGAGGAACCUGAGUUCAAUGACGGUUUGCAAGUAUCACCAGGCUGGGUUGAAGUACAAAGUGGGGCAAGUGGUCAAUGCAUGUGAGAGAUGGUUGGAGCUUAAUCUUAUUCCCCAUCUUUCGGUUCAAAUCCAGUUGAGGGAUCUACCUUUGGAACUCCUACAGAAAAUUAUCAAAUCCAGCAGGUUUUUCACAUUCAGUGAAUACUACUUGUACAAGCUUCUCUGCUACUGGAUCUUCCUACAGCAGAAUUCACAUCUUCAGCUGAUGCCAUCACAUAGCACCAUUGUAACAUUCUUUAACAGUCUGAGCAAAACAACUGCGUUUGUGGACCGCGAGCAAGGCCAGAAGUAUGCCGGCCUCUUCCGAUCCAUCCGCCUCGCUGGAGUGACGGACACUCGUCACCUUGAUGACAUGCUUAGGAUGAACGUUAUACCACAAGAGUGGAUCUUAAAGACGCUGAGUAUGCAUUACCACGCCCUGCAGGGAGGCGGUGACAUGUCGCUCAUGUUGAACUUUGGCAACGACGCCAUCAGAACUGGCUUCAUCAUUGAGCAGGAGCCAAGGUACCACAGCGAGGUUGUAUCCAUCCAUGGUUUUCACUUUGAGCUGAAGGCUCAUCGACAAGGCAAAGACUCAACUUAUCAAUUCUACAUGCAGCGCCUAAAGCCACAUGAUCCCACCUUAUCCUUCCGCGUCUGUGAGCGCCAGACGUUCUCACUUCGUCAGGACCGAGAGGUCUUGUACAGCAUUCGAGCUCAGUGUCGCAUCCAGGGCCAGGACUACCUCUUCAAUACGGGUAUAUUGGGCAAGAAGUUUGGCCUGGGGUCUAAGACGAGCAAGAGCGAGGUCUUAUCGCUGGACGGACUGUGCCUUCCGAUCUACGUCACAUUCAGUAUUUUAUUCCCACCGUCCUAGAUUGCUCAGGAUUAGAAUCUAUUUUUCUGGUGUUACCCGUUGGAAAUUUUCAGGUUUUCAGAAAAGAAAUUAUCAUAAAAUCAAAACAAAGUUAACUAGCUCUAUGAAAUCGGGCACAGAUGUUGAACUAAAAGGGAGGGGUGGGUUCCUCACUUACCCCCCUCCCCAACCUUUGAUCUGAAAAUAAAGCUAACCCUGCAACAAGUUUCUAAAAAAUGUUGUUUUAUUAAACGGCCAAUAAAGGAUGAUCUCAAAUAUAUAGACAUUACAGUUUUCUAAUAG